AUGGCCGCCUACGCAAGCCCUGCCUGAGCCAUCUGUACACCAAAGACUGUAGAGUGUGAAGGAUCUAGUAGGCCAGCACGCAGUGGGUCUAGGUGUGGCCUCUUUUCUUAGAGGCUAGUUCGGCAGUGGAUUUACCUGCUCACUUGAGCCACAUGUUGCCUUGAAACCCGUUUCAAAUGGAAGAGGUGGUGUAGGCCUCGGUUUACCUUAGGGGCCAAAUGUUAGCCCAUUGCGCCAAUCGCCUUGGCCCUUUUGAAUGAUGAUUGGCCCCUACGAAGUACUUGAGACGGAAGAAAGCAUCAUCCUCACAUCGAAGGAUGAGUUCCUUUGGUGCAGGAAGUCAAAUGGAAAGGGGAAGUUGUGUGUUACACCAGCUGCUCAAUUUGCCUCUUCAGUUGGUGACAUACAUUGUCAUGGACACAUCUAUGGAGUCAUCGGGAAGAUUACACCACCCGGAGAAUCUCGUCCUCACUUGCUUGUGAUCUCACAGAGAAGUCAGGUCGGAACAUUGACAAGGGUGGGAGAUGUCUACAAGGUUGAACGAGUGUCGUCAAUUCCCCUCACUCCAAAUGAAUUUCUGGAUACUUCAGAGCUUCUUCUCGAUCCAUGCCCCAAACAUCAUCCUUGCCUGGCAGGGGACAAGCGCCGUGCUGGUAAUUUUAAGAGCUUCUUAGAUGCGCCAUCUCAGUCUGCUUUGCAGUUCACAAUAGGUGCAGUAAAAACUGCAACCAGCACACUGAGAUCUGCAACAAAUCAGGCUGCCCUCUCGGUUACUUCUCAGAUGAAGCCAAUAGAACAAGGAGGGCGAGAGAAAGAAAAAAUUACACGAAGAGCAUGGGAAGAGUUGCUGAAACUCCUCAGUGAACCAGAUUCCCUCUACUAUGCCUGUAAUGGACUUUUAUCCAUGAAUCUUCUCAGCCAGUGGGAAUCCUCCAAAAUUGAAAAGGGUACCCUGCCUUUUAGCUGGAAAGGAAAUGAAAACUUUUUCUGGAACAAGUACCUUGCUAAGGAUUUCCUUGAAGCUGAGGAUCAAGAUGUAUCCAGAUGGAUCAUUCCUCUGAUCAUGGGAUAUGUUGAAAUUCAGAGGCUUCCACUGACUCAGUUUGGACUUUUUGCUCCAGCUGCUAUGAGCAAGCUUCCAGACCAUAUCAGCCUGGCUUUGGUGUCACGAAGAAGCAGAUAUCGCUGUGGAACGAGAUAUCGCAGUCGAGGCGUAGAUGAAUCUGGUCAUGUCUCCAAUUAUGUGGAAACUGAGCAGAUUCUAACAUUUGGGCAUCAUUGCCUUUCACUGCUACAAGUGCGAGGAUCUGUACCAGUGUUCUGGAGUCAGCCAGGGUAUAAGUAUCGACCUCCUCCUCAACUAGACAAAGUCUCAUACCCCCUCCUGGAGCAUAUAUCUACUGCCAUGUCCAAUGUAGGAGAAGAAGAGACUCAGGAGGCUUUCAGACUUCACUUUGAGAGGGAGCUAGCACUUCAUAGGAAAGUGAGCAUCAUCAGUCUGAUAGAGCAGACUGGACGUGAGAGCAUCAUGGCAGAUGCAUUCCUCAAGCAUAUCCUUCUCUUCGAUCAUCCUGACAUUAAUUACAUUACAUUUGACUUCCAUGAACUUUGCCGAGGGCUGAACUUCUCCAGCGUGUCCCUAUUGAUUGAAGCUGUGAGUGACAUCAUGAAAGAACAGGGCUUCACAUGGAUCGACAGGCAUGGGCUUGUUUGUGCUCAAAAUGGUAUCUUUAGAGUCAACUGUAUGGACUGCCUGGAUCGCACUAAUGUUGUUCAGGCAGCAAUAGCUAAGACUGUCCUUGAGUGGCAGCUGGGGAAAUUGGGACUUUUACCCCCUGGUGGAAUGUUGUCUACAGAAUGCCAGUACCUGCUUCAGCACAUGUGGGCCAACAAUGGUGAUAGCAUUUCUCGACAGUAUGCAGGCACAAAUGCUCUCAAGGGAGACUAUACGCGUACUGGUGAGAGAAAAAUAGCUGGAUUGAUGAAGGAUGGCAUGAAUUCUGCCAGCAGGUAUUACCUGAGCCAGUUCAGAGAUGCAUACAGACAGGCUGCAUUUGAUAUCAUUCAAGGGAAGCCAGUCUUACCUGAUGCUUCUGUGGAAAAGUUGAGCGAAGAGGAGCCAUCAUCUGUCAUCGACCGAGUUCGAAAUCUUCUAGCUGAUUGUCAAAAGCAACUCCUCACCGAUCCCAUGACGGUGGUAGGAUCUUGGGGACUUAUCAAUGCUGAUCCAGUGACUGGGGAUAUGACCGAACAAGAUGUGGACUGUAUUCUCAUACUCACGCGGAACUCUUAUUUUGUUAUAAUGUAUGAAGAAAAUGCUGACUGCAUCGAGGAAUUUGAGUGUGUACCCCUCGAGGACAUCAUCAGCAUCGAGCUGGGCCCAUUGAAACCGGUGGGAACCUCAAACUUUCUCCGCGUGCGGAAGACACGAGAGCCCUUGCUUCGAAUCAACUAUCUGCAUCUUGGUGAACCAGGGUACUUCCACCAAUUUCGAUCUUCCUAUCUUCGCUUCUUCAACAACACUACAGUUGUGAUUCAGUCUCAGGAAGAAAAAUUUGGUGAGUUUGCCCUCAUUUCAGGCAUGAAAGGAGGAUGUAUUUUCUCUGGGGCUGCUAACUGA